CAAUCGUAUCAAGAAGAAGAAGAAGAAGCAGCAGCAGCAGCAGCAGCACACGUGAGAUGAGAUGAAGCGCUUGUAAUAGUUUCCUUGGGCUUUCUAUGAUUGUGUUGUAAAUGUCUGUAGUGUGUGUGAACUCCUGCGGCUGGCUGCUGGACUCCUGCUCUCUCAUCGAUGAAGGUUUGCAGCGCUGUGUUUCUUACUGUGAUGGCCUUGAUAAGCCAACACACUUCAGAUGCUGUUUCAAGAGGGAGUAUUUUAAUACAGUCAGACCCCACGUUCAGAUUCAACAAAACACUGACAUCUCGACAAGCACUGCAAAACACAGCAAUGGUGAACAUGCAAAGAUUGAUCUGCAGACACGAAAGAAACGAAAGAGAAAGCGGCGUGAUCUUAAUACAGGGGAGUUAGAUGCCAAUAUUUAUCAUGGAAAGAUCAGGCUGGUGGUUCUGGAGGGCUCUCUGGCUCUUUUGGAAGCUGGACGUCAGUGUGGAUACUUGACAGAAGUUUUGACCACACCACCUUCUGAAUCUAUGCCAUCACACGAGUGCAGGCUAGCUGCGUUAUGUGAUAUGGCCAAGCAGCUCCCGUUAACAGAUGAGUCUCUGAUGGCACCAGUGCAGACAUUGAAUAGAGAUGGUCUGGACCCAUCAGUGGAUCUGUUCUCAAACAUCACUGAAAACCCAUUCGACUGCGCUUAUGAGGUCACGCUGAUGAAGGAGAAGUAUCUUUUGCCGCCCCGCAGCCGUUUCCUGUUGUCUGACAUCACACGUAUGCAUCCACUUGUCAACAGUGGAGACAAAUUUGACCUUAUAGUCCUUGAUCCACCAUGGGAGAACAAAUCUGUCAAAAGAAGCAACAGAUACAGCUCUCUGCCCUCGUCUCAGCUCAAGCAGCUUCCUGUGCCAGCUCUGGCUGCUCCAGAUUGCUUGGUGGUGACGUGGGUAACUAACCGGGCGAAGCACCUGCGUUUCAUCAAAGAAGAGCUCUACCCGUUCUGGGCGGUUGAAGUGCUGGCAGAGUGGCUGUGGGUGAAGGUGACCCGAACGGGAGAGUUUGUGUUUCCUCUGGACUCGCCGCACAAGAAGCCUUAUGAAGUGCUGGUGCUCGGCAGGCAUCGGUCUGGCACUGACCACACAGUCAGGUCUCCAGCAGCGGAGGAGCUUCCAGAGCAGCGGCUCCUAAUCAGCAUCCCAUCAGUCCUGCACUCCCAGAAGCCUUCGUUAUCAGCGGUGUUAAAGCCCUACAUUAGCCCCGAGCCCAAGUGUUUAGAGCUGUUCGCCCGAAGUCUCCAGUGUGACUGGACCAGCUGGGGAAACGAAGUCAUCAAGUUCCAGCACAGCAGCUAUUUCACCAGAGAGAGAGCCGAAGAGCCGUCCACGACAUCUCAGACAGCGAUUAAACAGUAGCUCACGCUUUCAGUAGAUAUUUCUAAAAGCUUUCAGCUCCCUUCCUUCAGUGGACAUUGUAUGAUUUUAAUAAGUAAGAUGCAGUACAGCUGUGUCUUAAAUCAGAAAAGUGUCUUUUAAUACAACACAGAAACAAUUCUAGAUGUGUCUGUUUUUGGAAACAUGUUUAGUGUGUAUUUGUGUGUCAGAAAUUUUGUGCAUUCUCUGAUAACUUUAGAGGAUAAUUUGUAAGUUUUUGACCAAUGCAUCUGCACUUUGGACACUAAGAGUUUGAAUUUUAUUGUGUCGUGUUGGUUGCAAAGAAUUCGUAUUAAAACGUUCACCUUAAAACCUCUUUCACAUGUGACAUAUGCUGAUAAUUACUAGUCAAAUGUAUAUGAAAAGACCCUCGCAGCUGUCUAAAUUAAGUUGUAGAGUUUGUAUAACAUUUUUUUACGAGAUUUUUAUUAAUAAAUACUUGUUUUAUUUUCCUUGAGACUUUUUUUCACUAUAGAGAAUUUGUCUGAAUGAAUGCAUAUAGUUAAUAAAUACGAGAAAAAACAAACAAGCAAAGAAAUGUGUUUCUGUGGAGCGUGACAUCCUGUCAAUUUAUGUUGAGAUAGAUGGACGUGGACUUGUAAAUAUUAUUGAAAACAAUAAAAAUGCUGUCAGCGUGAUCGACAGGAGAAGAAAAUGAAAUCUCCGAUGCAUGACUGAGAUCCACAGCUUGACAUUUCCUCCCGAAAUAACCCUUGUUAAUGAGAACAGGCUUUUUGUGGAUUCUGCUGCCGUUUUAUUAUAACAAGCGGACAUUUUUCCAUUGUUGUGUCAGUUUCACAGAGAUGUGGCGAAUUAUGAAACCUGUAAGAAUAAAAAUAUUAAUAAUACCAUUUAAAUCUUGGAAAACAGUGUCAACAACAACAAAAAGAAGUCAUGUAAAGCGAUAACUAUUCCUUUCAGUAAAAUGUUUUACUCUAAUAUGCAGAACUGUAAGCUUUUUUAAAACAGACUAAAUGUAAUCAGUUUUAUUUCUUAAAGUUGCCAUUUUCCAAGAUUUUUGUGAGGUUUGCCAACGUUUGAUUGCACCUAUAAAAUAUUAUAAAAAUCAUGUAAUUUGCACAAAAUAACUAAAUAAA